GCAGGCGGCGGCCGCCAGCGCCGUCCCGCCCCCCCCGGCCCGGCCCGGCCCGGCCGGCGCGGCGGCUCCCGGCGCAGAGGCUCCUGGCGGCAGCGGGGGCAGGACCGGCCGCCGCGAUGCACUCGCUCUUCAGGAAGCGCAACAAGGGCAAGUACAGCCCCGCGGCGCAGAAGAGCAUCUCCAGCAAAGAGCUGACCGAGCUCAUCGAACGCCUGCAGAAAAAUGCGGACCAAGUGGAGAAAAACAUUGUGGAGACUGACUCCCGAAUGCAGAGCGACUUGCACAAGAUCAAGGCCUGCCAGCUGGCUCAGUACAAAGACCUCACAGCUCAGAAACUCUCCGAGUCGGACAAGCUGCUCUAUGUGCUGGAUGGGGAUGCUGCAAUUGCCAAGCACAUGAAGCACCCCCAGGGUGAAAUGAUCACCGAAGACAUCCGGCAGCUGAAGGAACGAGUGGCAAACUUGCGUGUGAAACAUGGCCAGAUCUACAACUUCUCCCUGCAGCAGGUUGAGCCCCAGGUCAACUGGUCGACAGUGAUCGAGGAGAAACAGGACAUGCUGAGCAGCAAGGGCUUCGGGACUGACCUGCCGCUGGUCAAUAGCCAAGUGGAGGAGCACAACAUCUUCCACAACGAGGUGAUGGCCAUCAGCCCACACAUCGCCAAGGAAGGCGGCAAGGACCACACAAGCGACCUCCAAAUCAAGUACCAGAAACUGCUGGCUGGCUCCCAGCAGCGGCAGCAGGAUUUGAACUCCCUGCAGGACUACAUGCAGCGCUGCACAAACAAGCUCUACUGGCUGGAUCAGCAGGCGAAGGACAGGACGCAUUAUGACUGGAGUGACCACAACCUGGACUACCCCAGCCGGCGCCGCCAGUACGAGAACUUCAUCCACCGGAAACUAGAAGAGAAAGAGGAAGCCAUCAACAAGCUGCACGCGGAUGGAGACCAGCUGCUUGCCCAGAAUCACCCUGGGAAGAAUGCCAUCGAGGCUCACAUAGAGGCAGUCCACGCGGACUGGAAGGAGUACCUCAACUUCCUGAUCUGCGAGGAGAGCCAUCUGAAGUUCAUGGAGGACUUCCACAAGUUCCAGAAAGACACUAAGGAUGCCCAGGAGCUCUUGAAGAAGGUAGAUACAGACUUGGACCAAAAAUUCAGCCCGGAGUUCAAGGAUAGAUACCAGCUCGAGUCUCUCCUCAGGGAGCUGGACGACCAGGAGAAGGCCUUGGAUAAGUACGAUGCCGUGGUGAAGUCCCUGCAGGAGCGCAGCCAGCACGUUCUCCCGCUGAGGCACCGCCGGGAGACGCCGCUGCAGCCCAUUGCCGUGGAGGCUCUCUGCGAGUAUGAAGGCGAGCAGGGCCAGAUAACCCGAGGAGCCCGCUACACCCUGCAGAAGAACAGUGGAGACAUUUGGGAUGUGACAGAUAGCUCGGGACACAAAAUCAGCGCCCCUGGAGUCUGCUUCAUGAUCCCCCCCGCUGACCCCGAAGCGGUAGCGCUCGCUGACAACAUUGCCAACCAGUAUAUGAACGUGAAGGAGAAGACUACCAACUGCAAGAACAUCCUCCAGCAGCGCUACGAGGGGCUAAAGGCAGACAGCAUCGGAGAUGCAGCAUCAGUUCAGGGGCGCCAGCUUCUGGCAGGGCUGGAGAAAGUGAAUAGUGACCUGGACAAGCAGGAAAAAGCAAUAACAGCAAAUCUUCGUCCCCCACUGGAGCAGAGUCGGGCUGUGCAGGACAGCACUGAGCGCUCCAAGGAGCUGAAGAACAUCACCAAUGAGGUCCGCCGCAUUGAACCAGACAAAAUAAGGAAGAUCCAGGAGUGCGAGGUCUUCAUUGAAUCUGUGCCGAACACUGGCAGCGCCACCUUGGUCAAAAAGAAGGUGGAGGACACCAGCAACAAGUAUGACCGUGUAGUCCAGCUGCUCAACGCUGCCCAAGAAAAAGUUGAGGUGGCCACACACCUCGAGAGGAGCCUCCAACAAGGCCGAGACCUGCUGUCUACAUAUGAGAACAAACUGGUCGUAGAUGAUACUGUACCAGAAGAUUUGCGGGUUGUAGAUCGUAAGAAAGAAGAGCUAUUGGCCAUGGGUUCCGAACUCCAAUCCAAAAGGUUCUUGCUCAGUGAAGCAGAACAGAACUUGCUAAAAACGAAGACAUGCUCCAACACCCUGGCUAGCAAGUUCCAAGAGCACUGCCCUGACAUCGAGCGGCAGGAAGCUGAGCUCUACAAACUCAACCAGCGCUUCAAUAACCUCAGCAAGCAAAUUGACCACAGAACUCAAACCCUGCAGAAAGCAAGAAGUGCCUAUUCCAACUACCGCACAAACUAUGACAGAAUCAACCAGUUCCUUUGCAACAUACCUAACUAUGAGCCGCAGGAGACAGAUAACAUUCAGCAAGUUGAAGUGAAGCUGAAGAACCAAGCGGCACUCCUAAGUGACAUCGCAAGCAAGGAACAGGAGGUGCAGAAAGUCUCCACCACAGCUCAGCAAUACCAGCAGGCAGUGAAGGACUAUGAGUUAGAAGCUGAGAAGCUACGGUCCAUCCUUGACCUCGAGAACGGACGGAAUGGGUACAUGAGCAAGAAGCCCAGACUCCAAUCUCCAGCUGCUAAAGUGAAAGAGCAGGAAGCUGUUCUAGCAGCCAAGUUCACUGAAGUGAAUGCUGUUAAUAAACAGAGGCUGCAGAAUCUAGAAUUUGCUCAGAACCUCCUGCGGCAGCAGCAGCCAGAGGUUCAAGUGAUGCAAGACUUUGUCCAGACCAAAAAAUCCGUAAGGCCUCUGGAAGAAGUCUGGAAGCUGAAGAAAGAGCUUGAGGAUGAGACCCAGCGUCGGCAGCAGCUAGAAGCAGAGAUCAAAGCCAUUCAGAACAACAUUGUCCACCUGCAAAAUCAGAAGCCCCAAGAAACUGUAGUUAAGAAAGAACUGCUGAAAAAAGUGCCUGACCCUCAACUGGAUGAGAGCUUCCACAAAAUGCAGCAAAAUCUAGCAGAAGAGCAGCGCAAAAACCAGGUGCUCCAGGAUGAGCUGGAGGCCCUGAAACUUAGGCUGCGUGUUUUGGAGCACGAGAAGAGGGAAGGAGGACAGGAGUAUAUUGUGAAAGAGGUGCUACGUAUUGAACAAGAUAAGGCUCAAGCUGAUGAAAUCCUGAAGCUCAAGGAAGAACUGGAAGAGCUUAGGAGGCAGGAAGGCACUAGAGAGAACGAAGUCAUCCUUCUACGCCAACAAAUUGCUGUGCUCUCCAGCGAGAAGAACAAAGAGCAGGAGAAGGUAACAGAGAAGGAGGUGCUGAAGCUGCAGAAUGAUCCACAGCUGGAGAUGGAAUUCCAGAUAUUGCAAGAGACCAUGCAGAGGGAGAGUGCCCUUAGACAGAAGCAAGAGGAAGAGCUCUGCUUCCUCCAGGAGAAGCUCAAACGUCUUGAAAAGGAACGGGCCAUCGCUGAGGGCAAAAUUACUGUCAAGGAGGUGCUAAAGGUGGAGAAAGACUUGGCAAUUGAGAGAGAGGUGAAUGAGCUUCGGCGCCAGUACGAAGAUGAGAAAUCCAAGGGUCGUUCCAAUGAGCGGGAAAAGGCUGAGCUGCUCAGGAAGAUCCAGCUGCUAGAGGAGGAGAAUGCCAAGGUGGUUGUCCAGGAGAAAGUGCGUGAGAUUGUGCGCCCAGAUCCUAAGGCUGAAAAUGAAGUUGCCAACCUUCGUUUGGAGCUGGUAGAGCAGGAGAGAAGAUGCCGGGGUGGUGAUGAACAACUGAAGACCUGCCAGACUGAGCUGGCUGCUCUGAAAAACAGAGGGCCACUGGUAGAAGUCAAAGAAGUCAUUAAGGAGGUCAUUAAGUACAAGAAUGAUCCCGAAACUGAAAAGGAGCUACAGCGACUUCGGGAGGAAAUCAUAGACAGGACAGGAGCAAUUGAAAGAGCUGACUUGGAGAUCUACCAGCUGAAACAAGAGAUACAAGCCUUGAAAGAAACCAAGCCUCAAGUGCAUAUGAAGGAAGUUGUUCAAGAAAUUCUGCAGUUUCGGGAAGACCCCAAGACUAGAGAGGAGGUAGAGUCUCUGAGAAUUCAGCUAGCAGAGGAACAGAUGAAACACAUUGACCUAGAGAGGGAGCGGCUACUCCAAGAAGAGAAAAUUAGACAGAAGGAGGAGGAACUUUCCCAGGUGAAGGAGAAGGUGGUCCAACAGGAAGUAGUGAAGUAUGAGCAAGAUCCUGCCUUGAAAGCUGAAGUCAACUCCUUCUCUCAGAGCAUUGAGAGCGAACUGAAGCAAAUUGACUGCCUCCGUGAAGAACUCCGCAAGCUGCAGAGGCGGCGAUCUGAAUUAGAACGUCAGCUGGAAGAACUUGAGAAAGAGAGACAGGCACGCAGAGAGGCUGAACUGGAGGUGCAGAGGCUGAGGAUUAGGUUGAAUGAGUUAGAAGAACAGGAAAGGGAAACAACAGAAAGAGUGACUGUGAAACAGAAAGUGAUCCUGCAGCAAGAUCCUCAGCAAGAGAAGGAACACUCCCUCCUCAGGCUGGAGCUGGAAGAAGAGAAGCACCGGAGACAAGUCUUGCAAACUGAACUGGAAGCCCUGAGAAAGAAGCUUCUUUCUUUGGAGAAGAUGGAAGUCAAAGAGAAAGUGGUCUUUUCAGAGAGCGUCCAAGUGGACAAAGGAGACACAGAGUAUGAGAUUCAAAAGCUGAAGAGCACUCUGGAGGAGGAGAGUAGGCGUAAGAGGGAGCUGGAUGCAGAUAUCAACCGGCUUGAAACCAGGUUGUCCGAGGUGGAGUUCAACAACUCUAAGUCAUCAAAGGAGUUAGACUUAUUAAGAGAGGAAAACCACAAACUACACCUUGAAAAACAGAACCUGCUGAUGGAAACAAGGAGGCUGCAGUCAGAGAUUGAACUCACAGCAACAGAAGCUCGAGAUCUGAGAAACAUGACCCAUGCGGACAGUGGAAUAAACCUGGACUCCAGAUUCCAAGCUUUGGAAAGGGAGUUAGAUGAUCUGAAGCAGUUAUCUAGAGAAAAGGAUGCAGAGAUUGAGCAACUCCAAAAUCGCCUCAAGACAGUGGCUAUCAAGAGGGAACAAAGAGAGAACCACCUGAGGCGCUCUAUCGUGGUCAUUGACCCCGACACAGGCAAGGAGAUGUCUCCAGAGGAAGCUCAUAGGCUUGGCCUCAUUGAGUGGAGCCUAUUUGUCAAACUGAAGAGCCAGGAAUGUGAUUGGGAAGAGAUCUCAAUAAAGGGUCCCAAUGGGGAAUCGUCCGUGAUCCUUGACAGGAAGUCUGGUAGAGAGUUCUCAAUUGAGGAUGCCUUGAAGAGCGGAAGGCUAACCAUGGCUCAAUAUGACAGUUACCUCAACAAGGAGAUGUCAAUCCAGGAGUUGGCAGUCUUGGUGUCCGGAAGUAAUUACACAGCGCUCCCUCCACUUUAGAAACGUUCUUAAAAGCAGCUAGUCAGAGCUGCACUACUUGUUAGACUACCAGAUCACUGCAAAUCCUUGCCCUCCUUUGCCUCUUCCAAAAUGCUAGAGCCAGUGCCUCAGCCAUCACAAGCAUGCUAUGAAGCCACACUGCUUGCUGUGAUACAUUGCAGAAAAGCACUACCAAUAGUGGAAAACACAUUCAUCAAGACUACGUUAAAACUUCAUCCCCUUCUUCAGUCUUAUUUAAUCACUCAACCUAACAAAAAACAAGACAAAAAGCCUUAAACUCGUGAAGUAUCUAAGUCUGAAGACUCAGCAGAGCCUGCAGUUUCUUCAGCAUAUACUCACAUAAAAAGCUGUAUACAGCAGACAUUAGGGAGAUUGAAGGUCAAGAUGACUCCAAGAUGGCCAGCAGAAGCUGGUUGCGUCAACUGCAAGUUGUUAAGCCAGAGAGUUUCAUUGUGGACAGAUGACUAAAUGAUGGGAUCUUCCUCUGAGAAAACCAGCUCUGUAGACAAAAGGUGUAAUAUACAUCUUAAUUCGGUAUCACCACAUUAAUAUCUGAACACCGUCAUUUUGUUCACCUCUGUGCCUAUGCUGCUGGGGAAGAAUGAAGCAAAGCACAGUAAUUUGAUGGUGUCAGUUCUAGAUUCGGGAGGAGCAUUCAUGUAUCAUAGGGUUCACCAAAAAGUAUGUGAAGAGAUGGCAAUAUUGCCAAACACAAGAUGCUAGCGUAAAGCAUGCAACUGUAACCAAAUGCAGAGUGCCUUCUAAAUACAGUUAGCUUACCUCAUGGUUAAAAGCCACUUGUGCUGGUAUUUUACUGAAUAGAGUUACAUGCAGCUACACGUUUCAUUUACUUGUGUAAGGGAAUGGGAAAUAGAGGGAAAUUCUAUUUAUAGUACAAAAUAAAAAUGCAGUGGUUCCAAUCAGAA